AGCCUCUGGAGGAACACAGCUGCGUCUGGCUGCGGGGCCAAGAGCACUGUCAGGAGAGCCACACGCCCUCUCCGGCUGCAGAAUCACCACGAUUCAGCAACAGCAAGACAGACCACCAAUCACAAGGGGCCUUUGAGAACUUCAGGAUGCGGAUGUCUCCAGUCUCUGCUUGCCUAGCCCUGGGCCUGGCCCUCGUCUUUGGUGAAGGGUCGGCCUCCUACCACCGCCAGACUCAGGCGGCCCGACUGACCACAGACUUUGGAGUGAAGGUGUUUCAGCAGGUGGCAUGGGCCUCCAAGGACCGCAACAUGGUUUUCUCACCUUACGGGGUGGCUUCGGUCCUGGCCAUGUUGCAGCUGACGACAGGAGGAGAGACUCGGCAGCAGAUCCAAGCAGCCAUGCAGUUCCAGAUUGAUGAGAAGGGCAUGGCCCCUGCCCUCCGCCAGCUGUACAAGGAGCUCAUGGGGCCGUGGAACAAGGAUGAGAUCAGCACGGCCGAUGCCAUCUUUGUCCAGCGGGAUCUGAAGCUGGUCGAGGGCUUCAUGCCUCACUUCUUCAGGCUCUUCCGGACCACGGUCAAGCAAGUGGACUUCUCAGAGGUGGAUAGAGCCAGGUUCAUCGUCAACGACUGGGUGAAGACACACACGAAAGGCAUGAUUGGCGACUUACUGGGCGAAGGGGCCGUGAACCAGCUGACGCGCCUUAUGCUGGUGAACGCCCUCUACUUCAAUGGCCAGUGGAAGACGCCCUUCCCAGAGUCAGGCACCCACCACCGCCUCUUCCACAAAUCUGAUGGCAGCACCGUUUCUGUGCCCAUGAUGGCUCAGACCAAUAAGUUCAACUACACUGAGUUUUCCACCCCCGACGGCCAUUACUAUGACAUCCUGGAAUUGCCCUACCACGGGGACACUCUCAGCAUGUUCAUUGCUGCUCCCUAUGAAAAAGAGGUGCCUCUCUCUGCCCUCACCAACAUCCUGGAUGCCCAGCUCAUCAGCCAGUGGAAAGGGAAUAUGACCAGACAGCUCCGCCUCCUGGUUCUGCCCAAGUUCUCCCUGGAAAGUGAAGUCAACCUCCGGAGACCCCUGGAGAACUUGGGGAUGACUGACAUGUUUAAGCCAAACCAGGCGGACUUCUCGAGUCUCUCAGAUGAAGAGGCACUGUACGUGUCACAGGCGCUGCAAAAAGUCAAGAUCGAGGUGAAUGAGAGCGGCACGGUGGCGUCCUCCUCCACAGCCAUUAUUGUAUCAGCCCGAAUGGCCCCCGAGGAGAUCAUCAUGGACAGACCCUUCCUCUUCGUGGUUCGGCACAACCCCACAGGAACAGUCCUCUUCAUAGGCCAAGUGAUGGAACCCUGACCACGAGGGUGAAGCAGUCCUCAUCUGUGACAGAACUGGAGAUGUAGCCAAGAAGAAAGAGCUCCAAAGGAAGAAAACUUUUAUUUUAAUUAAUUUUUCUGGAGAAAGAGAAGGCCUUUGCCUUCAAAAAAAAAAAAAAGGUAAAUCUUUCAAAUCUGCCUCUUAGACCUCAGCCUCUCCCAGGAAUGGAGAAGAGGACCUUUCAGGAAAACUCCCUCGUGGAGCCCCCCGGGGAGACCGCCAACGCUCAGCUGAGUCUCCAAAGCAGACUGUAAAACAUGCACAGGCACACGCGCAGCUGCUUCUGCCCAUCGCUCUGCCCAUCCGGGUCUUCAGACCUGGACCCCACCGAGACCCUGGCAGGGUGGCACCAGAAGGCUUUACGGGGGCUUUUGUGCGCUUGGUAGACACUAUUUGCGUUCCAGUCACGUUGCUGUCACUCUUGCACUGUCUGCCACUGCUGAGGAGGCUGGCGGCGGGCCAAAGAAGGCCAGUGGAAUAGACACCCUUUCAUCUCGAGGCCUGUGCUCCCUGGCUCGGUGGUCCCGCACACGGACAGAGCACCUGCCCGCCUCCCUGCGGAGACCCACUCCGACCUGGCCGGCUCCCUCCCAGAAACAGUGUGCGUGUAUUAUUUUGGAGUGUAGGUGACUUGUUUACUCAUAGAAGCAGGUUUCUGCUUCCCACAAACUUUAUUUUGCAGGAAU